AUGGUGAGGCCAUUGUCCGUCAGGCCAAUGUCCUCGCCAGCUGCUACAUCGUCGAUUCCGCCGCGACUCUUCGCGGUCUCCACUACUGCACUACCGGCGCCGCAGGGGCCGAGUGGUAUUCCUGAGGUCCCCUCCUCAGGACUACCAUCCCCUCCUUCAAGUCCCCCCCUCGCGGCCAUAACGGCAUCCAACGAGCUCGCUCUGCUUCCCAAGGCCAGCAGCAGCAGCUCCAAGAGGCGCGAUACCGUGCCCGGCAAGAGGAUCAGCCGUAGAGGGGGGGCAGCACUUUCGAUCAGGGAAGAAUGUGAAAGGUUCUUUUGUGAGUCCAUGAGGGCUGUGUUCCGCGGUGAGACGGACACUGGCUCGCGUGGCUCCGGCCUGCAUCAAGGUGCUUAUUACUACAACAACGGCAGCAGUAACGCCAACAAUAUGCUGCCCACUCCGCCGCCAGACGAGGACUUGGCCGUUCAACCACAUGUCCCGUUCGGGGGACGCGGCGGGGACGGUGCGGAGGGCUUCACGGCCCCUGCCGCACCGGCCCCGGCCACCGCGUGGUUGGAGGUUUGGGACUUUGCCGGCGGCGCGAGUUUCAGGGCCUUUGUGGCGGACGAUGGGGCUGAAAAGUCCCUGUUCGCUUUAUUUGACAGGAAUGUCAUUGGACGUGACCUGAAGCCUGCACUUAUGGCGCUGAUGGAGCUGGUCGACGGACCGCUCAACUGCCAACACCUGGUCGUCUGCAUCGACCGGGCUAUCGAGGAGGAGGAUGCAAAGUCGCUGAUGAAGAGCCUGCAGUGGAUCGGCUUCGAGCUGACUACGCUGGAUCAGUGGGCGAGAGACGUGGACGUGACGAGCAACCAAUGGCUGUUUAUGAGCAUGGAGAUUUAG